UGGAUACUAUAUAUCCAUCAUUUUAUUUUUGUUUUCUAUGGGCCAUAAUAUUAAAGCCCAAUGUCCCACCGGUACGACCAUGUCUUUCGAGAAAAUAUCAUCGGUUACUGUUAGAGGUGUACCUCUAUAUCCUCUAUAUUCUGGUCUACAGGACACCCCAGUGACCGCUGAGUGCAAUAAUAGAUGCAGAGCUGGACCUAAAUGUCGGGCAUUUUUGAUAAACUACGACAAACACCUUUGCACGGGUAUGGACUACGAUAGUCUCAAUAGAGGGGCGUCGAUAGUAUCGACAACCGAUAAGACGUCUUACUUUGAAAAGAUAUGUCUAUCGGCCACUCCUUGUGAAAAGGCCUGGACUUUCGAGAGGGUUAUGGGUAAAGAAUUGGGUGGUUUCGAUGAUAGAAUACUCAAUGGAGUGGCCAGUCGUCUCCGGUGUCAGGAAUUAUGUCUUAAAGAGCGCUCAUUUAACUGUAGAUCCGGUGAAUACGACUAUGCCCUACAACAGUGUCGCCUAUCGUCGGAGGACCGACGUUCACAACCGGCUGCAUAUCGAGUGUCCGCCGGUUCGGUCGACUAUUUCGAGAACGAAUGCGCGGCACUACCAUCGGGACCACCCGGUUGUGACUUCGAUAAGUUUGACAAUAUUGACAUAAAACGGGCCGAUUUGGUGCGCACAGCUUUCUCGACCGACCAGUGCCGCAGUCUAUGUGAUGCCACCCGUGCUUUCGUGUGUCGUUCCUUCACAUAUUCACAACAGGCGGCCCAGUGUUGGCUGAGUAGCGACGAUGCGCUCGCUAUUGGAGGGGUUCGGGCACUGGAUUCACAUUCCGGUGCCAUUUACUAUCAGCGCUCGUCAUGUCUCGACUUGCAAUUAUUCUGUAAUCACGACUCAAUGACUGUCUCCCUCAACACUGCCGAUCCAUUCAAUGGCAAAGUAUACUCAAAGGAGGAGCCGAUCAGCUGCGAGAGUGUCGGCCGAUCGACAACUAACACACUGUUAACAAUGCCGUUCAGCCCCCGGUCCUCCUGUGGUAUUCGUGAGGAUAAUGGUAAAUAUUCCUCAUUGGUUGUCAUACAAAAUCAUCCAUUAAUACAACGAAAAGGUGACCGAAUGGUUCAGUUGACCUGUCAUUUUGAGACCAUCAACAAGACUAUCACUAAUUCAUAUAGUGUUGUAUCCGACCCGUCGGUAGCCGAUACAGCUAUAGUUAAUGCAACGGCACAGUCACCUAACAUACGGUUACGCAUAACUGAUGCCCAAGGAGUCGACAUAACCGGCGCCCGAUUGGGUGAUGAACUAUAUCUAAGAAUAGAGUUGGACGACGACACAGUUUUCGGUAUAUUCGCACGCGAUUUGUUGGCCAAAUCGGGCAAAACAGAUGAAACAAUUACAUUGAUCGACUCGAACGGCUGUCCAGUAGACACUAAAAUAUUUCCGUCUCUUCAACGGGUGGCCAAUAGUAAGACAUUAGUAGGAAAAUUUGAUGCCUUCAAGUUUGCCGACGAUGUGGUCGUACGCUUUCAAGUGAACGUCCAGUUUUGUCUACAGGACUGUGAACCAGUCGACUGCAGUUACGCCGGCACCCGGACGGGUGGUACCGGUGAAGCCAAUGGCAAGUCAUUCGGUCGUAGAAAGCGUGAGAUUAACCAACAGACACAACAUUCGCCACAUUAUGAAAAACAUUACUAUAAUAACAGCCGUUUGUUUAAUAAGAAUAGUAAUAAUAAUAAUUUUAAUACAAGAAAUAUGACAACACCGGCGACUACACUAUUACCGGACUAUCCCCUCCACCGUGAGAUCAUCGUUGAAGGCAUUUCUUCGGCAGCCAAGAGCUCAUUAUUAAAGCCAUUGGUUCCAGAGUUUAAUGAUAUGGAGAGUCAGGAGUCGCUAUUUUGUACAUCAAAAACAACAUUAUUGGCCGGUUUGGUCACUCUCGUUACACUACAGCUAACAAUACUGGGCUCGUGUUGUGUCUGUCUAUUGAUUAUCAAGCGAUCCAACAGUUAUUGCUGUCCAUCAACUGGUCUGUUGGCUUGUGGUGACACCAAUCACUACCACAAAGACCAGGAGUCUAUCACAACGAGCACAUCGUCGGCGACGACAACAGUUAGUGGUCAUCCAUCGCAUACCAGUUCUCACACGGGAUCUAAUUACCGGCCAUUCACUACACACCGGCAGCCAAUGAGUGCACAAAUGUGGUCACACGUAUCACGUAUUGAAUAACACAUCACUUUCACUCUUAAUUAAUUCAAAAACAAUAUUAUUAUU